CCCCCCCCCCCCCCCCCCCCCCCCCCCCGCCCCCCCCCCCCCCCCCCCCCCCCCCCCCCCCCCCCCCCCCCCCCCCCCCCCCCCCCCCCCCCCCCCCCCCCCCCCCCCCCCCCCCCCCCCCCCCCCCCCCCCCCCCCCCCCCCCCCCCCCCCCCCCCCCCCCCCCCCCCCCCCCCCCCCCCCCCCCCCCCCCCCCCCCCCCCCCCCCCCCCCCCCCCCCCCCCCCCCCCCCCCCCCCCCCCCCCCCCCCCCCCCUCCCCCCCCCCCCCCCCCCCCCCCCCCCCCCCCCCCCCCCCCCCCCCCCCCCCCCCCCCCCCCCCCCCCCCCCCCCCCCCCCCCCCCCCCCCCACCCCCCCCCCCCCCCCCCCCCCCACCCCCCCCCCCCCCCCCCCCCCCCCCCCCCCCCCCUCCCCCCCCCCCCCCCCCCCCCCCCGCCCCCCCCCCCCCCCCCCCCCCCCCCCCCCCCCCCCCCCCCCCCCCCCCCCCCCCCCCCCCCCCCCCCCCCCCCCCCCCCCCCCCCCCCCCCCCCCCCCCCCCCCCCCCCCCCCCCCCCCCCCCCCCCCCCCCCCCCCCCCCCCCCCCCCCCCCCCCCCCCCCCCCCCCCCCCCCCCCCCCCCCCCCCCCCCCCCCCCCCCCCCCCCCCCCCCCCCCCCCCCCCCCCCCCCCCCCCCCCCCCCCCCCCCCCCCCCCCCCCCCCCCCCCCCCCCCCCCCCCCCCCCCCCCCCCCCCCCCCCCCCCCCCCCCCCCCCCCCCCCCCCCCCCCCCCCCCCCCCCCCCCCCCCCCCCCCCCCCCCCCCCCCCCCCCCCCCCCCCGCCCCCCCCCCCCCCCCCCCCCCCCCCCCCCCCCCCCCCCCCCCCCCCCCCCCCGCCCCCCCCCCCACCCCCCCCCCCCCCACCCCCCCCCCCCCCCCCCCCCCCCCCCCCCCCCCCCACCCCCCCCCCCCCCCCCCCCCCCCCCCCCACCCCCCCCCCCCCCCCCCCCCCCCCCCCCCCCCCCCCCCCACCCCUCCCCACCCCCCCCCCCCCCCCCCCCCCCCCCCCCCCCCCCCCCCCCCCCCCCCCCCCCCCUCCCCCCCCCCCCCCCCCCCCCCCCCCCCCCCCCCCCCCCCCCCCCCCCCCCCCCCCCCCCCCCCUCCCCCCCCCCCCCCCCCCCCCCCCCCCCCCACCCCCCCCCUCCCCCCCCCCCCCCCCCCCCCCCCCCCCCCCCCCCCCCACCCCCCCCCCCCCCCCCCCCCCCCCCCCCCCCCCCCCCCCCCCCCCCCCCCCCCCCCCCCCCCCCCCACCCCCCCCCCCCCCCCCCCCCCCCCCCCCCUCCCCCCCCCCACCCCCCCCCCCCUCCCCCCCCCCCCCACCCCCCCCCCCCCCCCCUCCCCCCCCCCCCCCCCCCCCCCCCCCCCCACCCCCCCCCCCCCCCCCCCCCCCCCCCCCCCCCCCCCCCCCCCCCCCCCCCCCCCCCCCCCCCCCCCCCCCCCCCCCUCCCCCCCCCCACCCCCCCCCCCCCCCCCCC